AUGAGCGCACAUCCAAGCCAUUCACCUAUUCCAGGUGAUAAUCCUAAUUACUACGCCGAACUAAGCGGGAAUGAUCCUCAGCCAGUUCCAUCCCAGCCUGGUACGACUCAGCAAGGACAACACAAUCCCCCUUCAGGUCCUCCGCCUUCUUCUAGCACCGACCCGACUUACUACCCACCACCGCCGCCUGGUCCUCCUCCAGCUACUCAACAUCAUGAUCAUUAUCCGCCGCCUCCAGGUCCUCCACCUUCAAAUUUAGACCAACCGUACUACCCGCCUCCGCCACCGGGUCCCCCUCCGAACCAGGUCUAUACACCAUCAGAGGAGAACCCAAGCUACCCUCCGCCGAGCUAUGCGGAAAUCGAAACCGUACCCGGGGUUGUAGUGACUGAUGAAAAGCCACCAGUCCUUCCACCACGCCCCAUCUCAUCGCAAGGAGAGCAAUCAGCGCCACAUUUUCCUCCACCUCCUACCGAGGCUUCACUCCCUCACAUAGCUACAAGUCUUCAUCCCGACCAACAGCACCAGCACCCGCAGCAUCAGCAACAACCAUCUACAACAAACACGGAUACUCCUUCUUCUUCUACGUCAAAACCGGGCUUCGGGCGUAAGCUAUAUGAAUGGGGUAUGAAGGUCGGUACCCCUAUCAAUAAACUAACGAACAAGCUUGGUUCUGAAGCCUUCAUGCCCACGAGCAUGGAUAAAGAAUGCGAUAAAGCGGCACGCAUUCUCAAGAGUUUUUGCAAAGACGGCUUUUAUACCACCGCAUCCGCACCAACGCAAGGUACCUCAUCGUCAGGCCCAAGCAGCAAGCCCAAAGUACUAGUAAAGAUCCCGCAGUCUGUAAUCGCCAACGCGAAGGGGCUGGCGAUCUUUACCACUUUCCGGACCGGGUUUCAUAUCUCAGGGGCAGGGGGUGCAGGGCUCGUCGUGGCCAGACUGCCGGACGGUAGCUGGUCACCGCCAGCCGGAUUUCUUGUGCAUACGAUAGGUGCGGGGAUUGUUGCUGGGCUUGAUAUAUACGAUUGCGUGUGUGUACUCAACACUCCCGCCGCCGUCGAAGCUUUUACCAAAGCGCGCUUCAGCUUGGGUGGCGAGGUCGCCGUCGCGGCGGGGCCCGUGGGCGUGGGGACAAGCGUCGAGGCCGCAGUAGGAAAGGGGGUUAAACCAGUAUGGAGCUAUAUGAAGUCGCGGGGCAUUUACGGCGGCGUGCAGGUUGACGGGACGGUGAUUUUACAGCGGCCUGAUGCGAAUGCAGCCUUUUACGGGACGGGCCAGAUCAGCGUGGAUAAGAUUCUAAAGGGUGAGGUCGGAAACAGUAGUCAGAGUGGGAAGAACAACAAUGAUAAUAUUGUGAUGUGGCCCGAGGGCGGAAGGCAACUAAUGGAGGUGCUAAAGGCGGCUGAGGGCAAGCGUGCCGAUGAGGGUAUCAUGAACAAGCUUGGUAACCAGCCUACCCCUGGAGAUCUCGCCCCUACACCUACACCCUCGCCGGGUCCCGAACAGCAGCAUUUCUCUCAGAGGACGGAUGCCGAUGCGGCAGAAAAGCUAAGAUUCGCCUAA